AUGGCAGAACCAUCAAUUCUGUUGCGAGCCGUUGGAAGCCCAAAUGCGGAUGCCGAGACCCCUACUACAAAGACCUCGCCCCCACAUCGGACUUACUCGAGUGAUUAUUUGGCCUCCGAAACAGACGACUACAAUUCGACCGAAGAAGACGUUGAGGUCCAGUACGAGCAACUUGUGGAGAGCAUCGCCAACCUGGUCGUCAAGUCCGAAUGGAUGGGAUAUCUCGAGGACGAUUGCGUGCCCAUUGUCAAGUACACGCAUGCGUACUUGGAAAAUAUUCGAAACCAUGACGAUGAAUUCUACACCACCAGAAGUUUGCCUGUCUCAUUCACGUCGCCUUGUGUGGACGGCAACGACCAUGGUCCCAAGAUGGGUGGUCAAGAGACUCCAGGUGCCACAAAUGCUAACAGAAAGAGAAAGCAAGGGGCGGGUCAUGGAGACCGUCUAAGGAGCGGUGGCGAUGAUGAUGAGCACCCCAAUGGAAACGGCCCUGAAGACUUCGACAACCCCGAAGAUUGGUCCGGAGACAAGAAAAGAGCCAGGGUAGACGAUUGCCAAAGAUUUCCAUGCCCAUACAGAAAACGAAACCCGAUCAGAUUCAACGUUCGAAAGCAUCGUGAAUGUGCUCUCAACACGUUUGCAAGUAUGGCUUUGCUCAAACGUCACAUCAAGUUAUUUCACAUGCUAGAUACUCAAGGUCCUAGCUGUGUGAGAUGCGAACGGUGUUUCCAAACGAAAGACUACAAAGAACAUCUCCGCCAAGAAAUUGUCUGCAAGAUACGCACCAGCAAGGGCGAGUUACAAGAUCCAGAAGAUGGUCUUAGCGAAGAGAGGUAUGACUCCUUGACCAAAAGGAGCAAGGAUGAGAAAGUCGAUACGUGGGAUGCCCUGUGGGGGCGUCUGUUUGCUGCAGACGAGGCUGCUCCAGUUCCUCGCGCUCCAGAUUAUGAAAUGCCAGUUGAGCUAGAUGAGGUGCAAGAAAAGUGUUACAAUGAGCAGAGCAUUGCUCGAUUCUUUUCAAGCCUCUCCCACCACAAGCACGAGGACGGAUAUCGGUACAUUGUCGAGACUUUCCAGAAGAUCCGCAAGGCUUCUGAUCACAUUGACUGUGAUCAAAGGAGGCAAACAGACUGGAGAUUUCUGCAAGCUGUAAGACAGCGAGCUGCCUCGAGCCAUGGUCUCAUCUUCUCCCUUCCAUCUUGGGGGACCCAGCCCGAAGGGUCUAGUCGCUUGAACGACUUUGACCAGUCAGACAACAUUUCCCCUCGAAUUAGGAGUUCCGGCAUUUCUUCCGUGCCAGACAUGACAGACACUAGUUCAAGCACAGAAAACUCUUCGAAUGAUGUCAGAGACAACAAUCACGCACUCACGCCAAUUUCCAGUUGGCAACUGACUGGUGCCACGUCUGAUUUUCCUCAAACUGCCACCUUGUCAAACAGUCUCUUUGGUUCAUCAAACAAAGCUUCAUAUCACCAGCAACAAGACAUGGUGUUCGAGGAUUCUGAGAUUCGCUCGCUCCAGGAACGAGUCUCAAUUCAGGGGUCUCAACUGAAGGGCAGCUACCAGCAAGACAACUCCACCUCAGGCCUCUGUCGACACCAGGUCCAGAUAGGGGUAUACUGUGAGCCAUGUAGUGACGAGCUACAAUCUUUCUUUGGGCCGGAAGAUUUUGACACGCAAUCCAUGGGACACGCCGCAGGGGAGGAUGGCGGCACACUGCAUCAAGACCACGUCAUCUGGUCCCAGACUGCUUUUGGCAAAUAG